AUGGGUACAACUGACGAAUCUGGCUCGCUCCUCAUCGCCUGGCAGCUUGACCGGAAGGCUGUUCUCAUCGUUGGCGGCGGAGAGGUGGCUUCUGGCCGUAUAGAACACGUUCUUGCUGCGGGCGCUUCAAUCUCCCUUGUUUGUCCUGCUGCGGGCUUGCAUCCUCUGACCAAGGACUUUCUUGCGCGCUCAACAAAAAUAACGCAUCAUGACCGCAACUUUGAACUGUCGGACUUGGAUGGCGCAGACAUGGUACUGACGGCUAUCGACGACGUCGAUGUUUCACGAUACAUCGGGACACAAUGCAGGGAGCGACGCAUUCCAGUCAACGUUGCGGACGACCCAUCCUACUGUGACUUCUACUUUGGGUCCCAGAUUCGCCGAGGCCCGCUCCAGAUCAUGGUCUCGACUAAUGGUAAAGGACCCAAGCUGGCAAACAUCAUCCGCAAACGGAUUGAGGACGCCAUACCGGAUGGCGCCGGGGAUGCUAUCGUGAAGGUUGGCGCGUUGAGGGAGCGGUUGAAAGAGCGUGCGCCUGGCGUUGGUGGUGAUGUUGGUCGCCGGAGAAUGCGGUGGAUGAUCAAUCUGUGUACGAAAUGGGAUAUGGACGACCUUGCUUUGCUCGAAGAGCGCCAGAUGGACCUGCUACUCGAUGAAGGCUGGGAGAAGGGCCGGGUGCCGAGCUCAACUGAACUUGGAAUCAGGCGGCCCUCAUCAGGUUCAAGUACGAUCUCACUACAGUUGUCUGCCGGCGUAGGCUUGCUUACCGUCUUCGCUCUGGGGGCCCUAUGUGGACGUCACAUUCGGUCAUGA